CUGAUCCGAAAUAGCAGUGGGCCGACUGAGACUGCCUCAGAACAACAACAUGUCCACGAGAUGGUAUCCACUGUACCAGCGCGGAAACCCUCAGCUGAGAGUGUUUCUGCCCAACUUCUUCAUGAAAAUUGUGAAGCCAAGGGACCCACUGCCCGCUAACGUUGUCCAGUUCCAUGUGUCCAUGAAGAUGACCAAGAAUGACAUCAAGAACUACCUGGAAAAGAUAUACAAUGUCCCUGUGGAGCACAUCGUCACCCACAUCAGGAUGGGUAAUUUAUCCCGGACUGCGAUGGGAGGGUAUGUUGUGAAGGAUGAUGAUUACAAGGUGGCGUACAUAACCCUGCCUAAGGGAGAGAAGUUUGAAUUUCCAAACCUCUUCCCCGAGGCCAAGGAACAGGAGAGGGAGAAGCAGAAGGAGGACCUGAAGCUUCUUGAGAAGGAAUGGAAGCAGAAAUCCCGGCAGAAUACCAACAGGCCGGGUGUGCCCAGCUGGUUUGGGUUGUAGCCUCUACUGUUCCACUGGUCAGAUCAAGUGUUAUUUGUUGCAUAAGCUGGGCACUGUAACUCUAACUGUGCUGGGUCGCUGUGAGCUGCUCCUCUCAUGCAGUAUGUUCAGUCUAGUGUUGGGUCUGUAGUCAGGACCAGAUUAUGAAACACUUUGCUACACCUCCACUGCUCUUUAAAGGUUCUGUUUGAAGUUACUUUGAUGUUUUAAGGAUGUUUUUAUGGUUGAAGUAACAGAUUAACAAUAUUAUACUCUAUCCACAAGAGAAAUGUCUUUGACAACUGAACAGUUCUCUGUGGUCUUUGAAAAUAGUCAUGGUGAGUGAGCAGUGUUUCAGAAUACAUUGCUUAGUUGGAAGGAAAACCAAUAAGGAAGAGCUGGAGGGGGAGUGUGGAAGGAGACAUGAGACAAAGGAAUGGUAGCAAUGUAUGGGAUAUUUGACAGCAUGAGAGGGGGAUAGGAAGAAUAGAUAUUGCAGUUUCUAUCUGGUACAUUGUUCGGAGGUGGCUGUAACACCAGAAAAUGUCUUAGAAUGGCUAAUGAUUAAAGACAGGUGUCAAAUAGUGAAAGGAUUAAGGUAGUAAAAUAGUCAAGGAGAAACAAUAAAAGAUAGUCUAUGUGCUGAAUAAUUCAAGAAAUAUGUGUCAGAGAGCAGUUGAAAUGCCUGACAAAGUGAUGAGGUUAUUAUGACAGCCUUGGGUUUGUUGUAGUGGCUAGCAUAAUGACAGCCUUGGGUUUGUAGAGUGAAGAGUGAGACAGCUUGGUGUAGGUGUUGGUGGUGAAUGAGGCAAAACUGUACAUUGUGUUAUCAAGUUGUUUUCCUCCUGAUAUUCAGAUUGAGGCAGAGAAAUUGAAGCUCACUAGAGUAAUCUAUUGUUCCUCUGUGUGGCGGUCACUGCAGGGCAUUUAGCACUAGAUUUCCCUAAGAUUAAUUGCUGUACAUGUGUAUAUUAUUUUGAUGUUUUAUACAUUAAAGAGAUGAAUUUA